AAGAGCAGAUGCUGGCGUUCCAAAUCAUCUGCAGCCACUUGCUGAACCACUACAAAGACCUGAGGGACAAUAAAUACGUCGCGCCAUUGCGCAUGUGCCUGACCGGCGAGUUCGGCACCGGCAAGACCGUCAUGAAAGUCGUGAAGGCUUGUUCUGCUGAACUGCAAUGCAGACAUUGGCUGUGUCUGGCGGCACUUACCGGUGUGGCUGCAGAUAACACCGAAGGCUCGACCAUCGAUUCGCUCCUGCACGGGCUUGAGGUCACAGUGCCACACGCCGUUCUCUUCCAGAUGGGCCAUCGCAGACAGCAGCUGACGGAGCACCCGGCGCAGCACGGCAGGCGGGAGGCCAGCGGGGUAGGACUGACACCGGAAGCCGUGAAGCGAGUUGGUAAGGGGCUGUGUGUGAUGUGAUGGUGCGUUGAACACAGAUCUACAACAGGCCAUCCUUCAACCAGCAUACAUCGGUGAGAGGGGAGAUGAGAAUACCGAAGAACAUCAUCUCACCGCGCGCUUCGACCUACCUGAGUUGUGUGUGUUCUGAUGGUGUGUUGAACAGAUCUCGGCGCGUGA